GGCCAAGAGUUCAUCUCGCGACAGAUUCGACGACGGUGGUACUCGUUGGAGGAUCGAACCUCAAAGUCUCCGGGCUCACCGACGGUAUUUCACAGCGCGGUUGUUUGAAAUUCUUCGCGUGGAGUCGUGCCCGUAUUUAUAGACUCGCGUGUGGCGGUGCGUACGGUCGCGUAUGCGAACGCGCGGUACACGCGUUCACGUACGUAGCUCCCUCGUCUUCCGUUCUCAAGGGUGUGGGGUAGGUAGGCAUAAGGUAGAUACGCGUCGGAACAGCCGUCGAUCCCGAGCCACGUCGAGCCCACAUUUGCAGGGAACGAGCGGCAGCACGUCGCGAUCAUGACGCGAUGCGUCCACAACAGGAGCACCACCGGCCUGACUCGCCGACGAAUGCAUCUCUGUCUCCGUCGUCGUCGAACCGUCUGCGCUCGUCGUCCUGCUGGCUGCGAUCCACCGAUUCACUUCCGGGCAUGAUCGCCGGCGACACCGCCACGAUCUUCCGUGUCCUCGUUGUCUUGCUCGUCCUCGGUUACGCGGUCACCGCUAAUAAUCUGACUGAAGAUAAGACAUUCUUUGGAGUUAAAAGCAACGUAAGCUGCCUUCACUCGAUUGACCAACUGUCUGCAGAGCAUUUACCAAAGAACAGAGCGACAAAGCUAUCUCACUUCACAAAUUGGAGCGAAUGGUCGGUCUGCGAUCGACACUGCAUGCAAAAUCGCGUCAGGAAGUGCCGAUCAAAAAAAGAUUGCGGGACUACUGUACUUAAGGAGGAACGUGGUUGCGAACAUAACAGAAAGGGUCGUCAAAGGCGAUGCAAACAACGUCAGCGCCGGAGACAUCGACGAAGAAACGAAAGAUUUCACGUCGUUCAAAUACCUAAAGAAGCAGAGCCUAGGCAUGGAAAGCAAAAAGGCAAAAACAGUAAGGAGAACUCCAAAAGACAAUAUGGAAAAUGGAGUAAAUGGUCGCCUUGCACGAGACUGUGCACUACUCAACGUCAUAGAUGGUGCAGAAAGCCUGGAAUUUGCGAGCGCGAUGUGAUACGAGAAAGCGCCUAUUGCUACGUCGAAGGUAGUUUCUGCCAAAGAUGGAUCCAUCGAAAGAUUCGCGGUAGCCACGAAGAAGACGGCGAUGACUUGGUGUUGGACGAGUUCGAACUCAAUCCUAAUACCGUGGAUAGCUUCGCUUCAGAGAAGAAUUCAAAUAUUUGGAAGUGCGGAAUAGCGACUCAUAAAGGAUCCAGAUUAUCAUACUUCACACGAAUUAUCGGCGGCCGUCCAACUGCACCUGGAAGCUGGCCAUGGCAAGUGGCUGUGUUAAAUCGAUUUCGGGAAGCUUUUUGCGGUGGAACAUUGGUAUCCCCAAGGUGGGUAUUAACUGCCGCGCAUUGCAUUAGAAAACGCCUUUAUGUUCGUAUUGGAGAGCACGAUUUAACGGUGAAAGAAGCUACGGAAUUAGAGCUUAGGGUGGACUCAGUGACCAUCCACCCGGAGUACGAUGCCGAUACUGUUGAUAACGAUGUGGCUCUACUUCGUUUACCAGUUACCUUGACCCCAUCUCCUUCGAGAGGGAUUGCGUGUUUACCCGCACCAAAGCAGCCCUUACCUACGAAUCAGUUAUGCACCAUUAUCGGCUGGGGCAAGUCCAGCGUGACGGAUGAUUUCGGAACGGAUGUGCUGCACGAAGUUAAAGUUCCAAUAGUGUCUCCCGAGACUUGUCGAGAGGUCUACGUGGAUUACAGAAUAACAGAUAAUAUGUUCUGUGCGGGUUAUCGCCGUGGUAAAAUGGACUCUUGUGCGGGUGAUAGUGGGGGACCUCUGCUCUGCAGAGAUCCUCGAAAACCCGAACAUCCGUGGACAAUUUUUGGUAUUACUAGUUUCGGCGAAGGUUGUGGUAAGCGCGGUAAAUUUGGUAUAUACGCCAGACUAUCUAAUUACGUGCGUUGGAUUAUGAAAGUGAUGAAGCAAACUGACGAUUACAUUUAAAAAACACAGCAAACAUCAAACUGUAUUAUAAUUGUAAUUAUAGUGUUCAUGCAUAAACGAGCAUAGAAAUUAAAAAUACAACGGGCAAUCAGGACACAGAUUUCAAGUAGCAUAGCGAUAAAAAUCUUAAAAUUACGAAAAAUCGCAAAAUUACGCAGAUAUAAAAUUAAGUAUGUUGUAACUUGUUACUAUAUAGCACAUUUCACUUUCUUCAAAAAUAUGUUGUCAUUAUAUAUAUAUACACACAACAAGAAAUCAGGGAAUGAAAUGUAUACCUUUGAUUAAAGGUAACGUAAUUAAACGAUUAUUUUUUUAAUUUUGAAGGUCAAAAUACGAUUAA